AUGUCAGUGGCGGCCGCGGAGGCGUCAAUGCGCGGCACCGAGACGGCUGGUGCGAAGCCUGCUGCGCGGCGGCUGGGCCGCGUGCUGGUCGGGUGCCGGCGGCGGGCCGCCGUGCUGCUCCUCGCGCUGGCCUACGCGGCGGCGAUGCUCGUGCUCACCAUUGGCGUCAGCGAGGGGUUGGACCCAGCGUUAGUAACAUCUCAUUACAAAAAGUCUGGAAAGCAAUGGGAACCUUGUAUCAGCAAGGGGUUGAUACACUCAGAGUUACCGCCUUCAAAUGGUUUCCUCAUAGUUGAGGCAAAUGGUGGCUUGAAUCAACAACGCAUUUCAUUUUUUUCUCGCUGUUUCAUGAGGAUGUCUUUUCAAGUUUUCAGCAAAUUUGGUGAUAUCUUUGACGAAGAUCACUUCAUUGAGUCGCUUAGAAAAUAUGUAAGGGUUGUAAAAGAUCUUCCUGAAGAUGUUUUUCUGCGAUUCAACCAUAAUAUCAGCAUAAUACCAAAUAUGAGAACCAAAGCUUUCUCACCCCCAAGUUACUACCUACAGCAGGUGCUUCCAAAAUUGUUGGAGCUAGGGGCUGUGCGUAUUGCCCCUUUCUCAAAUAGACUGGCCCAUUCGGUUCCUAUGAAUAUCCAGGCAUUGAGAUGUUUGACAAACUAUGAGGCACUAAGAUUUUCUGAACCAAUAAGAAUUCUUGCAGAUAAUAUGGUUGACCGAAUGAUCAAGAGGAGUUUUUUAACUGGUGGGAAGUACGUCUCGGUGCAUCUUCGCUUUGAAGAGGAUAUGGUAGCUUUUUCAUGCUGCAAAUAUGAUGGUGGUUCGAAGGAGAAUAAUGCAAUGGAAAAUGCUCGUGAAAGGAGCUGGAGAGGGAAAUUCCACCGACCUGGUCGAGUGAUAAAUCCUGAGGCUAACCGAAGGAAUGGGAGAUGCCCUUUGACACCUUUGGAGGUUGCAACAUUUGUUCCUUGCAAUCUUGCCUUUUCUGAAUUGCUUCGUCAUUUUUAG